CCAGAAAAGUCAGGCAACUUUUCAGGGACUGGAGCGAGGGGAGGUGAGGUCUCCCAGCCUGGCCCAGGUCCAGCCCCUGAGAGCAGCGUGGUGCCCAGCCCCACCCCUUGCUGUGCCCUGUCCGUAACUUCAGACUUUGACCCUGAGCUCCAGUCCCAGCUGAGGACAGGACGCCCCAGCCUCAGGAGCCUCCCUUUAGGAGAUAGGACCCUGCACCCGUAGCAGCUGCCUCUUUUCUCCAGAAAUUUGGCACGCCAGGUGAGUGGGGGCAGGGGUGGUGGCGCAGCAGAUCUGAGUGUCCUCCCAGUGUCGACAGAGAAGGUCCACGUUAGAGCCUGACGCAAGUGACAACCUUGCAGGGACCACAGGCUGGCACGAUGCGCGUGGUAGUGAUCGGAGCGGGCGUCAUCGGGCUGUCCACCGCCCUCUGCAUCCAUGAGCGCUACCACUCGGUCCUGCAGUCGCUGGACGUGAAGGUCUACGCAGAACGCUUCACCCCGCUCACCAACACUGAUGUGGCUGCUGGCCUCUGGCAGCCCUACCUCUCCGAGCCCAGCAACCCACAGGAGGCGCGCUGGAACCAGCAGACCUUCAACUAUCUCCUGAGCCACAUCGGUUCUCCCAACGCUGCAGACAUGGGCCUGGCCCCAGUCUCAGGCUACAACCUCUUCCGUGAAGCCGUUCCGGACCCUUACUGGAAGGAUGUAGUUCUGGGAUUUCGGAAGCUGACUCCGAGAGAGCUGGACAUGUUUCCCGAUUACAGCUAUGGCUGGUUCAACACAAGCCUGAUUCUGGAGGGAAGGAAGUAUCUGCAGUGGCUGACCGAAAGGUUAACUGAGAGAGGAGUGAAAUUCCUCCUAAGGAAGGUGGAGUCUUUUGAGGAGGUGGCAAGAGGAGACGCUGAUGUGAUUAUCAACUGCACUGGGGUGUGGGCUGGGGCUUUGCAACCAGAUCCCCUGCUGCAGCCAGGCCGGGGGCAGACCAUUAAGGUGGAUGCCCCAUGGAUGAAGCACUUCAUUAUCACCCACGACCCAGAGAGAGGCAUCUAUAAGUCCCCGUACAUCAUCCCAGGGAUCCAGGCAGUGACUCUUGGAGGCAUCUUCCAGCUGGGGAACUGGAGUGAGACAAACAAUAUCCAGGACCACAACACCAUUUGGGAAGGCUGCUGCAGACUGGAGCCCACACUGAAGGAUGCAAAAAUUGUUAGUGAAUGCACUGGCUUCCGGCCAGUACGCCCCCAGGUUCGACUAGAAAGAGAACAGCUUCAUGUUGGAUCUUCAAACACAGAGGUCAUCCACAACUAUGGCCACGGAGGCUAUGGGCUCACCAUCCACUGGGGCUGUGCCCUGGAGGUGGCCAAGAUCUUUGGGAAAAUCCUGGAAGAAAGGAAUUUGCUCAGGAUGCCACCAUCCCACCUCUGAAGAUGCCAGUGACCUCCGCCUCCCCCACAAAAACUCCCUGCUCCCCUCAGCCAACUAAUCAUCGCACCCAUCGUUAACCCCCCACUCCACCUGACUCCUUUUUGCAAGAAGCACAAGGUGAGAGGAAACCACGGGGUCAAUUCCUGAAGGAGAGUCCUGUUAUCCCAUGAGUCCUCAGAGGAAGGAAAGCUCAGAAUAUCCAAGUGGCGAAGGAGCUCUGAGUGAGGGAGAGUGUGAGGGAGCCCCGAGUGAGGGAGACCUGGGUGACGGAGGCUGUUGCAACCUUGGUUCCCUAAGGCCACAGAAUGCACUUGACGUAACUGGUAUCAGAUUUCACUGCAGGAAUUUAUACAUAGAACUGGGGUAUAGAGAAGACAGAAGAGGAGAGCCAUUGAACGAGCAACAUGGGAUGCCUGUUCCACAUCCAGCACUCCUAAUGGCUUCAGCGGCCCCACGGGCACUAUGUAACCCUUGAGGAGGACCCCUUGGGGGUCGUCCCCAAAGGAACCCCUUUAUAGAUAACUAAAUUCACCAAGCAGAUGGAACGUGUCCCUUACCUUCCGGCUAGCACACUGUGGGGUAGCAAACAGGCUUCCAGAUGUUUCUGAGAGCUUUGAAGGAGCCCAGACGGCACCUUAGCAUCUUCAUCCCUAAUUACCUGCCUCAGCCUCUGAGGUGAAUUUUUAUCUCUCCGGGGCUUUGGUAAAAACCAGAGCCUAGUAUUCCUCAUGCAUCUGGGACCAGUGACACCCUAUGUGCUGUGAGGGGGUCUUGAUGGGCCCGUGCCAUCUAUAUCCAUGUCAUCUCACCUGAUGGGCUCUUCAUGGAGCAUAUGCCAUGAAGAUUUUGGCUGGCCCUAAGCUAAGCAGGGUAUGAGAGCCAAGAUCUUAGAAUUCCUGCCCUAAUAAUAAUAACAACAAUUAUUAUUUUUAUUAUAGUUAUAAUUUUUUGCAUUCUAACGGGCUACUGGUGCUCAACUCUUACAAACAUUAUGCAUUUAUUCCUUACAACCUACCCCCCCCAGGAAGUAUCUAUUAUUCCCAUUUCGUAGGUGAGAAGACCAAGGCACAGAGAGGCAAUAUAAGGCCAGCAGCUGGGAAGGGGUAGAAUGGAGAUUCAGGGCCAGAAAUUAUGUGGUUCCAGUGCCUCACUUUCAACCACCAUGAAACACUGAAUCCCAGGUUGGGAGGAAAUACAUAGUUUCGAAGGAAUUGGUUGGCCUCCUCCCCAACUACUGCAAACACACUGUAAAGGAACCAGGUCUCUCCUCCUCACAGCCACAUUUGGGCCAAGAUCAGGGGACUCUUACCAGAUUGGAGUCAGGGACACUUCCUGGUGCUUGGAGUGGAACACCAUUUUUGACUAAAGUGAUUGCCUAUCCUAAAAUUCCCCAGGGAAAGUGACCCUUAGCGCUCGAGGUUCAUUGUCAGCAGGAACACUACAGGGCCCAGAACACAGUGAACUCACAAAAAUACAUGGCCAGGGCUUCCCUGGUGGUGCAGUGGUUGAGAGUCCGCCUGCCGAUGCAGGGGACGUGGUUUCGUGGCCCGGUCCAGGAAGAUCCCACAUGCUGCGGAGCAGCUAGGCCCGUGAGCCAUGGCCACUGAGCCUGCGCAUCCGGAGCCUGUGCUCCGCAACAGGAGAGGCCACAACAGUGAGAGGCCCGUCUAUCGCAAAAAAAAAAAAAAAAAAAAUUGGCCAGGAAAGUCUCUAUUCAGACCCAAAGUGACCUUCCUUUUUUUAAAUAGUAAAGACCUCUUUGCAAUGUGGUUUCCUCUUGAUUCCAUCCCAAAAUUCAGAAUAGAAGGAACAUGGGGAAAGUCUGCAAUCCACAUGGCACUGUAGGACAUUUGCCUUGAUGUCUUCAUUCUUCUUCACUUAACAUUCCUGCUCCUUCCCCGGUGGUGAUCUACAACCAUAUUCACAAUGAAUGCUCGGCCGCUUGCUGAGUUUAUAAAAGUUUAUCUUUUCUCAUUGAAUUGUUUUGGAACUUUGGUGAAAAAUCAAUUGACCAUAAAUGUAUGGGUUUAUUUUUAGACUCUGCUUUCUAUUCUACUCAUCUGUAUAUCUACCCUUAUGCCAGGACCACACUGUCUCUUUUUAUUUUUAAUACAUCUUUAUUAGAGUAUAAUUAGUUUACAAUGUUGUGUUAGUUUCUGCUGUACAAGGACCACACUGUCUUGGUUGCUUGUAGCUUUGUAGUUAAGUUUUAAAAAUCAGGAAGUGUGAGUCCUCCAACUUUACUCUUCUUUUUCAAGAUAUUUUUGGGCUACUCUGGGUCCUUUUAGUUCCGUAUGCAUUUUACGAUCAGCUUGCCGAUUUCUGCCCCAAAAAGCCAGCUGGGAAUUCGACAGGGAUUGUGUUGAAUUUAUAAGGUUAAUUUUGGGAGUACUGAUUGACACCUUAACAAUUUUAAGUCUUCUGAUCCCUGGUCAUGGAAUGUCUCUCCAUGUAUUCAGAUCUCUGAUUUCUUUCAGUAAUGUUUUGUAGUUUGCAAAAGUCUUGCACUCCUUUUGUUAAAUUCAUUCCUAAGCGUUUUAUCCUUUUUGAUGCUAUUGCGGGUGGAACUAUGUUCUUACUGAUGAAUCUGGGAAGCGCUCUGUUCUCUGGCAUGGUGGGGGUAGGGGUACUUGAAGUGGUUCAUCAUCAAAAUACUCUUGAUUAAUUUAGAAGGAUUACACGUGAUGUAUCCAGAUGUUCCAAUGUCAAGGAAUCAGAAUACAGUAAAGUACCGACGGUGACUAAAUCCGGCUGUAACCACCGAAGCUUUGAAGAGCUGGAAGGUGCUUCAGAAUGUUCUAGAGCUUUGGGAUUGGCAUCCUGUGUGCCUCCCACAAUACUCUGCAUCCCUCCAUUAGCGCCCGUAUCAAUCUGUGUCCCACCCAUCUACGUUCCCCCCACUACGCUGUGAGUGCAUGAAGACAAGGACCAUGUCUCAAUUCUUUUUCGCAACCUCUGUGUUAAAUACCAUGCCGAUAUGUGGUGGAUACUCCAUGUAUACUGACCACAUGCCAUGCCAUGACCCAAAAUACAGUUAUAAUGAACAGACUCCAAAGUCUACCUAUGUGCUGCUGUGGGUUCUAGGCAUACCAUUAAUUGUCUGUGCCACCAGUAGUUGUCACGGCCAAAGCUGCCAUGUUCGUGCCUCUUGCUCCCACCUCUCCCUGACCCAACUGAUUGGACCAGGAUUGGAACCAACACUGAACUGGGCCAAUCAGCUUUCUCUCCUGAGACUUUAGAAGCGGGACACUGAACAGCUGAGUCAGACGUGUUUGCAGAACCGAGCCCUGGUGAGCCCGAGCUAUAUGCAUAGUCAGUCAGGCAUAUGCAGCAGCCAUGAGGGGUCAGUAGCAAGCCAGCCUGCAGAGAGGGACAGAAACCA